AUGAGAAAAAAAAAAUGUGGAACUUGGAAUCUCAGAAGAAGCCGAAAGUGUGAGAGCCUUUCUCAGAUGAUGGCCUUGCAUCUCUUCCCCGCUUCUCUUCACUCAAUCUCGAACCCUUCUUCUUCUUCAUCAUCAUCUCGAUCAAAACAGAGACACCUCCUUCUCCAGCUCUCUCCUCCUCGCCUCCGUUCUGACCGUAGCCAAAGCGGUGUCACCGAAAACGACAACGAUCCUUCUUCCUCCGGUUCUUCAUCAUCAUCAGUACGCACACAGUUAGAUCUUCUCGAACAGCUUACUUCCACAAGCGACGGUUACUUGAGUGAUGGUGGUGGUAGCUUCAGGGGUUCCACUGUUCGUGAACAAUUGGCUGGGCUUGUUGGUGACAGGGAUGAUGAUUUCACCAUCCCCUUGGGGAAGAACUUGAAGAAAGUGAGUCCUAAGUUCUUAACCACUUCUCAGAAAAGGAACAUCAAGAGGCAAAGCUACCUUAACGAGGUCUCUCAGAGGAAUGACUCUGUUUUCUUUGCUACUAUCGGCGCCUUUGUUAUCCUUCCACCUUUGUUGAUCCUCGCGAUUGCUAUAUUAACUGGCUAUGUUCAACUCUUUCCUUAAGUAUGUAUACAAACAAUGAACAUAAUCCUUUCUUUCAAGUCUUGGUUCUAUAUAUGUGUUACUUGUUA